AUGGCCAAGACGGAGCAAUCCAUCCAUGACAGGCGCACCAAGCUGGUUGAGCUGCGGGCGCAGCAUCUGGAGUUGGCAAAGAAGUCAACUCUACCGCCUGCUGGCAAAGAGGGUGACGUUGCGGCGGCUCAUGUGCCCAUUGCCGCGAUCGGUCUUUAUGCCAGCAAACGCCAGCGCCGCGCCCUGCUGGGCCGCACGUGUCCGAGGUUGAUGCCGGAGAUCAUUUUGGACGCUGCGCUGGUGCUGCUGCCUGACAAUGGGCGGAAUACGCGAGAGGCAGCCGUCAAGUAG